CAUCUCUGCGAAUUCGUUGGCCUCGACUUCGAGAUGGCCUUCGAGUAUCACUACCACGAAGUACUCGAUGUCAUCGGAUCCCUAUUCGUCGACAUUUUCAAAGGUCUUCAGUCGAGAUAUGCCGAUGAAAUCGCAGCUGUUGGCCGUCAAUACCCUUCGGAACCGUUUAAGUUCUUAGAGCCAACUCUUCGGCUUGAGUUCGCAGAAGGCGUGCGAAUGCUUCGUGAGGUGGGGGUCGAGAUGGGAGAUGAGGACGACUUAAGCACCACUAAUGAGAAACUGUUGGGUAAACUCGUGCGCGAGAAAUACGACACAGACUUCUAUAUUCUCGACAAAUUCCCGCUCGCCGUCCGUCCCUUCUAUACAAUGCCCGACCCCUCCAAUCAGAAAAUUUCAAAUUCUUAUGACUUGUUUAUGAGGGGAGAGGAGAUCAUGUCCGGUGCCCAACGUAUUCAUGAGCCAGAGUUCCUCACGGAGAGGGCUAAACUCCAUUCAAUCGACUUAAACGGAGUUAAGGGAUAUAUCGACGCAUUCCGUUACGGGUGUCCACCGCAUGCGGGCGGAGGUAUAGGCCUGGAAAGGGUGACAAUGCUGUACUUGGGUCUCGACAACAUCAGAAAGACAUCGCUGUUCCCACGCGACCCAAAACGGCUGACCCCUUAA